CCCUGGGCCGCUGCAGCAACUCCGUACAUGGGUCGCCAGCUCUACUGACUGAGCUAACCGGGCGCCCAUCUCAUCCUUCUUUUUGCUUCACUCUUGUGGAAAGCUCUGGUGAUCAGGUGACUUAAAUCAUGACAAACCUUUGCCGGAGCAGUUUGUCCUGUCACAGCGUGACAUGCAGCACGUAGUGGCAUUAGCUGUGUGUAGAAGAUUAAGCAGCAAACGCAGAGCUUAGUUUAAGUGUUACUUACUGUUCUCUGCUUCUUCAUCCUGCAGUCAGUGAACUCAGCUCCACUGCAACAGCUUCUAACGGCUUCAUGUCCCUUGACUUUGCAAAUAUAAUGGUGUAUAGUAUGUUUCUGGACAAGAAUAUGACUUAGAGUCAGCUUCCAGAUCCAGCUGCAGUUUUUCACAGAAACUGAUCGCAUCAGAUGAUGGACACCAUGAGGUUAUAUCCCCUGCUGCUGCUGUUGUUUGGGUGCUUCCAAAGAGCUAUUUCUCAGUUUCCUGGAUGGAUUGGAGAGGUGGAAGGUAGUGGCGAGAUAGAAUGGAUUCCGCAACCAGAUUUCAUAGAUGACAUGUAUUGGUCCGGGAUAGCCCCCAUUUGUUUAGGAGGCUGUAAGGCACAGCACCAGGAGCUAAGGAGAGAUCGCUGUGGAGACUCAAGCUGCUGCUGGCUCGGCUACAAGUCCCUGUGCAGAGUGAAUUGUGGAAGGCCAGAUGUGGACUAUAAUGGAGUAGUGUAUGGUAACGACUGGUGGGUGGGCUCUGUGGUGAGGUAUGCCUGUCGCUCUGGCUUCAUGCUGGUGGGAAGCCCAACCAGAGUUUGCCAGCCUAAUGGCCUUUGGACCCCGAAACCUACCUGCCUCCGAAUGUGUCCACGGGAACGCGUUGAAAUCAGUGAGAGGGAACUAAAUGGGACGUGCAGCUCCACCUGCACAAACAAGAGCUACUUCGGCCCACCCAAACAAGGCUGCAGUCGUAUAGACAACUGUAGGAAGAAGGAGACUGGCUGGAAGCGGUUCUUUGCCCAGUGUGUCCCUUGCAUUUGUGACUGCGCUUUAUCAUGUGUUGAGUCGCUCGCCAAGCACACUGACAAGCAUAAAUGAUGGACUUGUUGAACUGAUGUAAUGAAUGCAUGUUGCAAUGUUGUCUUACCGCAAAUACACUCGAAUGUGGUUAAUUAUUGCUUUAAACAUGAAUUUGUUGACUUUCUAGGAGGAAUUCCAGUGCAAAGAACACCUUUUAUGUCUUUUUAGUUUUAGCAUCUGCAGCCUAAAACAUGGAGAGAUUACUAUGUGAGACAUGAGAUAAAGAGGCAAUGGUUGUUUUUGCUGCUUCAUCCAAUUGUGUGGAUAAAUCAGUGGACCAAAUCUGGAUGUUUUAAGACAUUUAUUUGAUCUCUCUGUCUCCUUGGUUUCUAUAUAUAGAAUUUUACAGUAUUACGAUUUCAGUGCCUGAAGUUCAAAUCCCUCUGAGUCAGUGGUGAAUUAUAAGCAGCACAGAAUUUUUUAAUUCGGUCUGUGCACUGUAAGGUGGCAACAGGGUCAGAAAAAAAAAGUGAGGUGAAUUUUAGUUAAAACUGUCUGAGAGGCUGUCAGACUAAGAUAAUUAUUUUAAAACCUUAAAAUAAAAUGUUAAACCUGAAGUGCCAAGUGGUGAGGUCUGUUUUUAUUAUAAGAAGCUCAUUUUGAGGAGGCAGGUGAUUGUUCAUUGGGCAGCAUUUUUGUAGCUCACACAGCAUUCUCUGAAUUAACAAGGUGCUAUAAUUUCAUGUGACAGAUUCAAUCUACCAGGACACACACACACUAUAUAACAGGUGCGUCUGUAAACAUCCAUGUGUCUCUAAGUGAAAAGAAGAAAUAAAGAUGUAGACAAGGAGAGAGGUAAGCUCUCUGCCUCAUCGUUCCUCCUCUCGCUCCAUCUGUCCUGGAAAGAGAUGAAACCUUAAUCUUGUUACAAAGGGAGGAGCUUCGGUCAGUGUUAGACUGUCGUAGACCUUAUAAGGAACAUUUUUAUAUAGGUAGUCUAUGCAUGGUUUUUGAUAUUUAAAUUAUUGUGAUAAAUAGCACAAAAUAUAUUUUUUUAUUGUAAAAUCAAAUUUUUAUUUUUUAUA